GGUAAAAUUAAUUUAGACUUUCUUAAAAUGGCUUGGAAGGAAGAUCAUAAGACUUGUAUCAUUAAGAGCCAUGCCAAAAAUAUUUAAAGUUCAUUUCUUUCCUGAUAAUUUUGAAAAGAUGCGUGUGAGUUAUGCCUUUCAGUUAUUUAACACUGAAAUAUUAAAAGGUCUCUCUCUGUACAAAGAUACCCUUGCACAAUAUGGUGAUUCACAACCAACAGUUAACUUUAUUGCACGCAUUGGAAAAUUAAUUAGAAUAAUCACAUCACGUGCAUAUAAAGAUGCAUUAUAUAAUAAUUCAAAAGUAGUUAAAUUUUUCAAAGAUCUUUUGGAUUUUCUUAAAAAAUAGAAUUUUUCAAAGAUCUUUUGAAUUUUCUUUUUAAAAUGGGAAGCUCUUUGUGAACCAAAAGGUUUUGGAUGUAUAAGCAAAAGUACAUCAGGUGGAUUAAUAAUCACAGUGAAAAGUACUUUGUCUAUUUUAGAAUAUCUAUCAAGAGAAUUAGGAUAUAAAUAUUUGAUGACAGCAAGAUUAAGUCAAGAUAAGUUGGAAAAUCUCUUUAGUAUCAUUAGACAAUCCAAGGGUUGUAAUGACCAUCCUAAUCCUGAUGAAUUUUUAACUAUUGUGGAAUGUUUGAGUUUUUACAAUUUAGCUAAAACACCAAGAAAUGGCAAUACUUUGCCCAAUAUUAUUAGCUCUUUAAAAUGUCCAAAACUGCAAUUUAUGAAGAAUGAUCAGUCCAGAGUUUUUAGAAUUGAUAAUUUUCUUGAAACCAAAAAAUUAUUAAAGACUAAUGAAUAUUUAAAAUGUGAGAAACUAGAACAUUCAGAUAUUAUUCAUCAACACAGUAAUUUGCAAUUCAUUUAUUAUAUUUCUGGAUAUGUGGUAAAAAAGGUUUUACCAAAAACAUUCUGCAUUAAUUGUAAAAAGUGUCUUGAUGCAAAAUCUAUUAAUGCAAUUAAUAUACAUCCAGAAUGUGUAAGAUUUACAAAGGAGUUUGAUAAAAGAGGAUUGAUAUAUCCUUCAAUGCAACUAUUUUAUCUUAUAUGUGAUAUCAAAAAUUCAUUUACAGAGUGUUUUAGUUUCAACAAAUUACAUGAAGAGAGUAUACUCGAUAAUUUAUCUAAUUUAAAAAAUAAAAAGACAAGAUAUGUAGGUUGUGAUAUUCAUAAACUUGCUUUAACUGAAGAAAUUGUAAAAUUUUAUUUUAUAACGAGAAUGCGUUUUUAUUUGAAACAAAUA